AUUCCAGGAGCUCGAUCACAUUUUCAGAAAGUCAGUCUUUAACACAAUUAUGCGGCCUGGUGUAUUGGGUUUCUGAAAUUGGUUUUUGAAAUUCCUAGCGUCGUCUGCUAAUCACCGCAACCGGGACAAACUUCAAGACUUCGAAUUCGUCAAAUGCUAUGGUAAACGGGACUCAUCUGCGUAUGGAGACUUCAAGUCUACGACGCCAUGGACGGGUAUGCGCCGGCCUAUGUGGCUCAUAACAUCCCACUGCUGGUAGUCUCUGGUUUGGGUACACAGUCGGAAGAACACACAAGGCUACCACAGGGUCCUCGAAUUGCUUCCGAAAUACCCCUUGUGGAAUCUGAAGACGCGUUAACUGUGCGGAGACAUUUCAAGGACAGCGACGGUAGCACAUUAGCUUGGAACUCGCGGGAAUAUGGUGGAAGGAACAAAUUCAAAGUGAAGCUUGUUGGAAGGGAUUAUACGUUACCUGUUCGCAAUGCCCAGUUUCCUCCUUCUCAAGCGACAAGCCCAACUUCAAAGCCUGUGUUGCACUCAGCACUCUCCCCUCUCAGUCCAGGAUCGUCGGUCUUUCCGGAUGGCUUACUUGACUCGAAAUGGAUAGAGAAACAUCAAGAGCUUGUUCCAAGUGCAUAUCUCUCCUUCUAUACCUUCACGUCUGAUCCAACACUAUCGACGUUGAAUGAUAACCAAUUGAAGACCGAUAUCAACAGUAUCAAGGGCAUCUUAAGCCGAUCUGGCUACAAAACUCGACUUAUAGUUGCCCUUCUUAGCGAGAAAUCUAUUGUCCAGUCUCCAGAUGUCGAAGAACGGCUGGCUAAUAUUCGCAAGGCGACUGGUCUUGAUGGCAAAACUUCAUUAUUCUUCUUACCACCCCAAAGUUCUCCGGUCGAGCUGAAGGCGUUUGUGGAAACCAUCAUCUCAACGAUAUACCCCAUAUGCAUUGAAUAUUACAGAGAUCUAAGCAAGCAUUCAAGAAGGAAACGAAACAGAGGUGUUGUCCCGCCUCCGACCGCUCCCCCAACUUCAGGAACAUCUCAAACUUUGUCAAGCCAUGGCUGGAAUGUUCGCUAUGAUUUCAAACUCGGUGUUUUUGCAGAAUUUCGGCAGGAAAUGGAUUCUGCAGUUCGUUCUUAUGAAAGCGGCUACGAAGUGCUUCUUGGACUAGAUGUCCUUGAGGCAAUAGCUAGCUGGAGUCCGAGAUGGAAUGAAGCACGUUUACUGGCAGACAUUUUCGCAAUACGCAUCUUGCGCUGUUUACUCUGGAAUGUGAAUAGUACCGCCGCAGUACGUCGAUGGCAGUCACAUCGUGAAAGGAUGCGAGAUUUUGUUGAUCGUAGAGGUAAAGGAUCGGCAACUUAUGGUUGGGAAGCUUGGGAAGCUCGCUGGGCUAUGGUUAUGGGUGAGCUUAUCCAGAAGGCCUCGAUUUCUGAGUUUGGGAGCUCUGCGAUAUUCUUGGCGACUGAGAAAACAAUUGCCAUCGGGGAGAGAGUAGAGCCGUGGGAAUAUCUCCAUCAUCCAGGGUACUGGUUCCGUGCUGCAUCAAAGCACCUCAUGGCACGCCGCACUCUAGCCCUUGAGAUCCCCGAGGAAGAUCGAUCGCCACCCGGGUAUUCGCCAGCGUCUCAGAUUGCAAGUAAAGCAUACACGUACGACACAUAUCUUUGCCCCGAGCCUCAUGAGGAGAGUCCAUUGCCAGGUCGUGAAGGGGUUGAUCAUCCAUUGCUCAUUAUUGAAGCUCUAAGCAAGGCAAUUCCCGAAUUCAGUAGAAGGGGUCAACUACGACUUGUUCAAGAGCUGCAAAUUCUGUCCGCCGCGGAAAGUAUGAAACGGGAAGCUUGGGAUGAUGCAGUAAAAGUGCUCCGUCCAUUAUGGCAAAAGAUGUCUUAUCGAUCAGAAGGCUGGUGGAAUGCAGUAGAAGAUAUCAGCUGGGCGUUGAGAAAAGCAGCCGCCUGCGCCGGUGAUGGUGGCUCCGUCCUAGCCGUGGACUGGGAAUUGAUGAACAAAUGCUUUACACAUCACACCUCAUGGCACUAUGAUCUUUCGAAGUCUCUCGAUGGCCUGGAUACUCUAAAAGCAAAGCCUGCUGUAGUACUUCACGCAAACGAGAUUACAUCUUUUCUCUCUGCUAGUUACGUUUUUGAGUAUCCCGAAGGAAAUGUAGGCGAGCACUGCUCAUCGCAAUUGGCUUUCACCUCAAAUGCGCUCGCUACAGCUGCCCCUUUGACGAUUUCCGAAAUUCGGCUUGACUUUGAUGGAAGCAUGAAACACUUAGUUCUCAAGCAUAAACCCGAGGCAGUUGAUAGUGACAGCUCCGAGAUGCGUCCUGAUAAUUUAGACCUUAGUAUGGUAUCUUUAAGCGAAGGCAUGCACAAUGAUCGGGCUGUAUUGACAGGCGAGGCCAACUUGACUUUUAGACCUGGCCAAACAAGAGUCUUCGAGUUCAGCAGCAUGCUGAGGGAAGCUGGAGAUGCAAAUGCUGCUUCGGCAAACCUUUCUCUCGCUACUGAUCAAUUCGACCUUGAGUACAUUCACACCUUCCAACAAACCACCAUGCCAGAUGUCUGGUGGGGGAAAAGAGGUGUGAAAAAGCGAAUCGUACGACCAAAUCCGUCUUCGAUUACGGUCUUACCGAAGCCGCCAAAGCUUGAGCUUGGCUUCGUUAAUAUGGAAUCACAAUAUUACGCAAAUGAGCGAAUGUUGUUGAAACUCGAGGUGUUGAAUGGAGAAGACGUUGACUCUGUAGUCAGUCUUGACGUACAACUUACUGGAGAGAAUGCACCUGCCAUCUCUAUCGAAACAAAUGAUCUCGACCAAACCUCUGCGGAGAAUACCGAGACAGGAAGCGAUCUGGCGGGUACAGCGCUGGGCAAGAUUGCCAGUGCUGGGACCAGAGUCGUCACAAUCAGUAUUCCGGCACUGGAUGUACCUGCAACGUACGAGUUGUCGGUCAAAGCUGCUUAUCAUUUGGUGUCAGAUAUAGAAACACCUGUAUACUGCUCCAUGUCUAUGCAACUUGAGGUCAUCAAUCCUUUCGAGGCGAACUACGAUUUCUCUCCUCGCAUACAUCCAGCGCCCUGGCCUAGCCUUUUCACUCAUGACGAAGGAGACGAUGAAAAUCAACAAGGCACACAGGCUCGAGGCUUAGCACAAAAGUGGUGCUUAACCGCACGUUAUGCUUCCUUCGCUACUGAGGACUUGAUCGUGGAUGACAUUAAUGUGGAAGUCAUUGGCUCGAAUGGUGGCAUUGAAUGCUACACAGAGAAACUAGUCGCUUUGCCUGGAAGUGGUUUGAGGGUCGCCCCGAAAAGUCUGGAGGAAGCCCAAUUCGAUUGUUUUACACAGAAGUUGUCCCUUGACGAUCGUGGAACUGCUACUCUGGACAUAUCACUCGCGAUAAAGUGGCGGCGUGAUUCAGAAGGAUCACAGUCAAACACCACAAUUUUAGCUGUUCCUCGACUACUUGUCUCAAGCAGCGAGCCAAGAGUACUUGCUGCCGUGUCAUAUUCGACGAAGAUUCCCUCCAUGGUCCAUUUCGAUGUAACCAUCGAGAAUCCUUCGAAUCACUUUUUGACGUUCGGCUUAACGAUGGAACCCAGCGAGAAGUUUGCAUUCUCUGGAACGAAGCAGUCCACAUUACAGCUUGUUCCACUUUCGAGAAGGACGGUGAAGUUUCGCCUGUUGCCGAGUGUUCGAGGGGAUUGGAUUGGACCUAUUCAUUGUGUGAUUCGGGAUAGAUAUUUUCAGAAAGUGUUGAAAAUAGCACCAACAGAUGGGUUGAAGCAAGAUAAGGAGGGCUUGUUGGUAUGGGUCCCUCCAGAAGAAGACCUUUAACCGACUCCUUGAGGAGGUCACACGGAUAUGGUUGCUCGUGUUAUGUCAAGAUAGAUGGGAAAUACUGUAGAAGAAAUGGAGAAUACUUUAGAACACAAAUGUAUAACAGACAUGCGAGGCCG